CUCAGAUAUGUUUCCAAUACCCUAUUUAUAACUUCUGUUUGACCAUCUGACUGUGGAUGAUACGCAGUGCUCAUUUGUAGUUUGGUUCCCUGCAAUUCGAAGUACUUUUUCCAAAAGUUACUUAAAAACAGGGGGUCCCGAUCACUUACCACUCUCUGUGGCAUACCAUGUAGCUUUCCUACAUGAUCCUGAAAGGCCUUAGCCACAUCCUUGGCUGUGAAGAGGUGUGACAGUGCUAUAAAAUGACCAUAUUUCGAUAGCCUGUCCACAACGACUAAGAUAAUUGAUCUUCCUUUUGAUCGUGGCAGUCCAAUAAUAAAAUCCAUGGAUAAGUCCUCCCAUAUUUUGUCUGAAAUGGACAGAGGUUGUAAGAGGCCAGCGGGGCACAACGCCUCAUAUUUGUGCCGUCUGCAAGUAUCACAGGCCUUGAUAUAUUCUCUGAUUUCUCUCUUCAUGCCUGGCCAAAAGAAAGUCUGUUGGGCCCUCUUGUAAGUGCCUUCCUCUCCUUGGUGUCCCCCUUCGAUGCCGUCAUGGAAGAAGGAAAUUAAUUCCUUGAUGAGCGUGGAAUUUGGAGGUACAUAUAUUCUGUUUUGAUAGUAUAGGUAAGGUUCUCUCCACCGGUAACCAUACACUUGAGUUUCAUUCUACUCGAAUUGUUCUUUCUUCUUUUGUACAUCCAUUGAAAUAUGAUGUUCUUGUUUCAUCUUCUCCCAUAAGUCUGCAAUAGGCCUACAUACCAAAAGUAAACAAAAGGUAUUUAAUUCUGCUCUGUUUUCUUCUUCAUAUCUCCGCGACAAGCUAUCAGCCACUAUGUUUUCACUGCCCUUCUUGUAUAUAACAUCAAAUUCAUAUUCAGCUAGCUUCAUAAUCCACUUUACUUGAGCAGCAGUAACUGAUUUCUGUUGCAUGCAAUGCCUCAACUGCUGUGGUCCGUAAAAUCCUGAAAUUUUCGUCCUACUAAAUAGUGAUGCCACCUUUGGAUGGCCAUGACCAUGGCUAUGAGCUCUCGUUCGUAAGCGGAUUUGAUUUUGAAACGAACCCUCAUAGCUUUGCUGUGGGUGUUUCCCUUGGGUGAGCACUGCCCCAACACCCAUCUCGGAUGCAUCUGUCUCCACCUUGAAGGUCUUGGUGAAAUCAGGCAUUGCUAAUGUCGAUGAGUUGAUGAUAGCUUGUUUUAACUUCUCAAAGGCAGCUUCACUUUGAGUGCUCCACUUGAACUGAUCUUUUUUUAACAUGCUGGUUAGUGGCGCCACAUGUAAUCCAAAAUCUUUAACAAAUCUGCGGUAAUACCAUGCCAGGCCUAGGAAGGCCCUCAACCCUUUAAUUCCUGCAGGUAAUUUUCAGGUACGAAUGGCUGCCACCUUUUCUUCUUCCAUCUCUACUCGUUUAGAAAUCGUGUGGCCCAAAUAGGUCACUUGAUCAUAUCCAAAUACACAUUUCGAAGCCUUGGCAUGUAGUUGAUGCUCUUUCAGUGUUUUCAACACCAAUCGUAGGUGCUCUUGAUGUUCUUCUUCACUCUUGCUGUAAAUCGAUAUAUCAUCGAAAAAUACCAAGACAAAUCUCCUUAGGAAAGAAUGAAAGAUGUGGUCCAUCAAUGCUUGAAAGGUGGCUGGUGCAUUCAUUAACCCGAUUGGCAAUACUUUAAACUCGUAAUGGCCUUCAUGGGUUUGAAAAGCUGUCUUGGAAAUGUCCUCCUUGGCCAUCCUGAUUUGAUGAUACCCAGCCCGAAGAUCUAGCUUGGAGUAGACGUUUGCCCCUUGUAAUUCGUUCAGCAGUUUUUCUAUAACUGGUAUCAGAUACCGAUUUUUUAUGGUGACUGCAUUAAGUGCCCUGUAAUCUACGCAAAACCUCCACGUCCCAUCUUUUUUUCGAACUAACAAGGCUGGAGAAGAAUAAGGGCUUCGGCUGGGCUGGACCACGCCUUUUGACAACAUACUUUGUAUGAGUUUUUCUAUCUCUCCUUUCUGAAUGUGGUUGUAUCUAUAAGGCUUCAAAUUGACUGGUUGCCAUCCCAUUUCUAGCUCGAUUCGAUGGUAAAAUUCACGACUUAGGGGUAACCCUUUUGGAUUUUCAAAAACCUCGGCAUAUUUUGUUAGAACAACGCGCAAGAAGAUGGGGGCUUCCAACUUGGAAGCAAUCGGUUGCUGCGGGCUGCUAGGUUCAGCAGACAUUAAGAGAAGGUUUAGUUCUCCUUCUCCUUUUCACCCCUUCUUCAUUUAUGUGGCCUCUUGUUCCCUGGACAUUGUCGUCUGUUGAGCCUGUAUACAUUUUCCCAUCAGCUGUCUUAAAAGUCAUUGUCAUGGCGGUGAAAUCCCACCAAACCUUCCCCAACUGUUUCAACCAUUGAAUUCCUAAAACCAAAUCAGCUCCACCCAUCGCUAGGGAAAACAAUUCCACCGCGAAUCGAUGCCCCUGGAUCUUGACUUCCUCCCUUGGGCAGCGUCCCUUGCACCACAAGGAACUACCAUUGCCAACCACAACCUUAAAUUCUGAUUGUUCGAUAAUUUUACGGCCGCAUGUCUUGGCAGUUUUUUAUCCAAUGAAGUUAUGUGUCGACCCUGUAUCCACCAAUAUGCUAACAAUCCUCCCUUUAACUCAACCUUCUAUCCUCAUCAUUUGGGGAACAUUAUCUCCUUCUAAGGCAUGAAGAGAUGUCUCCGGAGUUAAUUCUUCUAGGCUGUCACUGGUCUCCUGUUCUAAGGCCUCUUCUUCCUCUUCCUGAAAAUUCUCCUCAGAUUUGUCUACCAAGUACAUAUGCAGCCUUUUACAAGCAUGUGUCGGGCCCCAUUUCUCUUCGCAGUGAAAACACAAUCCUUUUCUGCGUCAUUCCCUGAUUUGCUCUGGGCUGAGUCGCUUGACUAGCACCUGUCUACUCCUUGUGCUUUCUCUUUGUGCUGGCUGAGUUUCGCAUGCUGCUGGCUGGACUUCACGCAGGUCUUUAGUGACAGUAGGGUUUCUGUUCGGUGACUGUUUGCUGAUCCUGCUCUCCUUCCACCCAUUGAGGAAUCUGGUUGAUUUUUCUGCUCUCCUAUUGUCCCGAUUGCAUCUCCUUCUCCAUGUCGCUGAGCCGUUGUCCUAGUUCUCCGCUGCUCCUUUCGACUCCUUCCAAUCUCCCAACGAUCGCCAGAUGGUCUACCUCUGCCUGUCGGCACAGCGCUUCCACUGCAGCUAGUGCUUCUUUGAUGGUCAUCGGCUCUGAUACCAGAUGUUAGCCGUCGGCUAACUGAGCUGCGAUAAAGAAGGUAAAAAUACACGCACACUUAACCUAACUUUCCUUAGAAUUAGGGCCAAACUCUCUCAACCCAAGAGAGGAACCUUUUCAUUAAAAGCAUCAUUAAAAGCAUAAGCCUCUUUAGUUCCCUUUUAUGAGAGCUAUGAAUCUCCUAUCUCUAAAACCCGACCCACUUAUUCAUGUAUCCUAUACUAUGACCAACAAUGGUUCGGGCUAACACAAUGCCUUAUGUCGAUUUUCAAGACAGGUUCACACUCGUCAAAAAAGAGAGAUAGAUGGCAAUCCAACCUCUUCCCAUGAUGAAGUCUAUGAUGAUUAGCCUGUUAGAAGGUCUGAGCGAGUGCGACACCCGAUUCAUAGAUGGGUGGAUGGUAGACGUUUCACUUAAUUGUCAGCAUUGCUCUCUUAUCUCACUAUCUACUUAGAAAAACUUCGGGAGACCAUCUGUCACAUUCAGCAUUACCACCUGCCCAGGAGAAGACGAUCUUUUAUUAGGGCUCAGUUAUAUUGUCAUCUCCUCCGUUGGGAAGCGGCAUUUUAUGCUUUCAAUACGGGAUUGGUAAAGGACCAUGUCUCUGACAAAGAGAUAUGUCUUGAAACUGUUCUUCUCCCUCAAAUAUAUUACUGCAAAUGUGGUGGAUAGGAACAAUGGGAGAAUUGUUUCAUCAGCUUCUUCAGUGGAAGCAGCCCUAAAACAUGGCUUUGAAUGUAAUCGCACGUGCAAUGCUAAGGCUGCAGCAGUGGUGGGAGAAGUGUUAGCCAUGCGCAUCAAAGUAGAAGGGGUGCCACAAAUACAUUGUAAUGUUAAAAAAGAACUGGAUAAAGGUUUAAAAAAUCACACCAAAAUUUGGGCUCUUAUCACUGCUCUUAGAAAUGGUGGGAUAAAGAUUGUUGAUGAUUCAGUUUUAUGACAUCUUUUAUUGAUUAAUUAGCUAAUACUUUCUUGCUGGAUGCUGAUUAUCAAGACAAGUACUGCAUCUUAA